UAUGGCUCUGUUACUAGAUGGUGACAGUGUUUCCGGUUUUCAGUGCUCUGCGCGAGCCUGAGCGGUUUAUACCGGUCUGGACCGGCCUCGGGUGCGGGGAGGUACGUCAGGCUAGUGUGUACCCUGGUGAGGGAAUUCGUGUGGCGGCUACCGGGUGUGUAUGCGCAGCUAGUGAGUCUGUGGUUACCCGAGUGGGGUGGCGGUGCCCUUACAGUCUGCGACUUCUUGUCAGUGUCUCCCCCGCAGCCCUCAGGGAAGAUCCUUUAUAUUCGGACACCAUAAGAAAAGGACAUAAGCAGCACCAUGACUCGGGCCGGGGUAACCUUCCAAAUCCGAGGGGCCACACAGCCAGAUGAAGUCAUUGCACUUUGUGGGAGUUGUGAUGCCUUAGGUGCCUGGAAACCCCAGAAUGCUGUCAUUUUACAACCUGAUGCUAAUGAUUGUAUGAUCUGGAAAACAAAUAUUGCACUUCCCAGAGGAAUCGGGGUACAGUAUCGCUAUUUCAAGGGCACUUUUCUGGAGCCUCUGAAUAAAGGAGAGUCAUGCCAAGUCAUAGUUCACAAGUGGGAGACUCAUCUACAGCCACGAUCAAUAAAGCCUUUAGAAGAAGAUAUGUACAUUGAUGAUGGAGAAUUUGGAAUCAACAAUGGCGUUGAGACAGUGGAUUCCGGAUGGCUGACAUGUCAGACUGAGCUUAGAUUACGUCUACAUUAUUCUGAAAAACAGCCUGUUUCUAUAUCCAAGAAAAAAUUUAAAAAAUCUAGGUUUAGGGUGAAGUUAACAUUUGGAGGUCUUGAAGAAGAAGGUGAAGAUGAAGAGCCCGAUAAACUCUCUUCAGUUCUCCUCCCAAGGAUGGCAAACACAUUUGAAAUCUCCUUAAUAAGCAAUACUGAAUUUAAGUCUCGGCACUCGCAGCCAGAAUGUGGUUAUGCACUCCAGCCUGAUCGAUGGACUGAAUUCAGUAUACACACCAUGGAGCCUGAUAACCUGGAACUACUUUUUGACUUUUUUGAGGAAGAGCUUAGUGAGGCUGUGGUGCAAGGUGAUGCACUCCCCGGACAUGUGGGCACAGCCUGUCUCUUGUCAUCCACCAUCAUGGAAACAGGGAAAAGCAAUGGCCUUGUCACAAUUCCCAUCAUGAGUAGAAAUGCCAGGAAUACUCUGGGGAAAGUUCGAGUUGACUUUAUUGUCAUAAAGCCAAUACUGGGUUAUUCAUGUGACAUGAGCAGCUCGUUCUGUAAGUACUGGAAGCCAAGGACACCACUUGACGUUGGACAUAGAGGUGCUGGCAACUCUACUACCACUGCUAAGAUGGCUAAAGUCCGAGAAAACACUGUGGCCUCAUUAAAAAGUGCUGCCAACCAUGGUGCUGCCUUUGUGGAGUUUGAUGUCCAUCUUUCCAAGGAUCACGUUCCAGUGAUCUAUCACGAUCUUACAUGCUGUAUAUCUAUGAAAAAGAAAACUAAUUCUGCAUCUGUAGAGUUAUUUGAGAUUCCUGUGAAGGACCUCUCGUUUGACCAGCUUCAGCUAUUAAAGCUCGCUCACGUUACUGCACUGAAGUUACAAGAUCCUUCUGAUCCCAAUGAGGAGGAAUGCCCUGUGUCUGAUAAUCAGCCUUUUCCUUCCCUUCAAACGGUACUAGAGGCUGUGCCUGAAGAUGUUGGGUUCAAUAUAGAAAUCAAGUGGAUUUGUCAAGAAAAGAGUGGCAAAUGGGAUGGAAAUUUGUCAAGUUAUUUUGACAUGAACCUCUUUCUGGAUAUUAUUUUGAAAACUGUCCUGGAAAAUGCUGGCAGCCGAAGAGUUGUGUUCUCAGCAUUUGAUGCUGAUAUUUGCACAAUGGUUCGAAUGAAACAAAAUAAAUAUCCUAUACUUUUCCUGACACAAGGACAUUCUGAAAUCUAUCCAGAGCUUAUGGAUCUCAGGUCUCGAUCAACUCCUUUUGCAGUCAGUUUUGCUCAGUUUGAAAACAUUUUGGGAAUAAAUGUCAAUACAGAAGAUCUACUGAAAAAUCCACAUUAUAUUCAAGAAGCCAAGUCCAAGGGCCUAGUUAUAUUUUGUUGGGGAGAUGAAACCAAUGACCCAGAGAAUCGGAGGCUUAUGAGAGAAUAUGGCAUCGAUGGACUAAUCUAUGACAGGAUAUACGACUGGAACCCAGAACAACCAAACAUAUUCAAAGUUGAACAAAUGGAACGUCUUAAGAAGGAAUUAUCUGUGGAAAUGCUUCGGAGCUGCCUGUGCCCAAUUAACCAAUACGUCUGUAAUUCAUCAAACUGCACAAACAACAGCGUUCACAUGCAGGCCAAUGGCGUCGCUAAUCAUGGGCCGGAUUAAGUUCUCACACUCUUUCCCCUUAGCAUCUCAGGGCUGCAUCAUCCCGCUCUAGCAAAGCCAUUUGGUUGAUCCAUUACACACAAUUGAAUCCCUCCCAUUUAUUGUCUUUCUUUUUGGGUCUGGUCUAGUUGUCAUUCCAGUAUAUAAAUCAACUGUGAGGCCUGUCAUCAGUGCAAGCAAUAUACUGGUGGAGAGGUUCUCUGUAGCUACCCUAUCUGAUAUUACUACAUGUAACCAUAGUACCUCAGCAGAGAAGGUUUUUUGCAUUUUCCUUCCAGUGCAAUAUGCAUUAUGUGCACAGCUUUAUUCAGUGUGUACAUCUCCGUACUGUAUUCAUAAAUAUGUCUGGCCAUUUGUGGAUUACCUCAGUUGCAGACUUUUGCACAACUAAAUGCGAUGGAACAAUACAAAUGGGUCAUUGCAUUAUGGUAAAUUGUGUGUUUAUUUUUAAUAAUUAUUAUAAUAAUAAUAAGGUGUCAUGAUUACCUGGCUAUUGUCUCUCAGUAGCAUAGACUCAUCAGUGAUUUUCCUUUUUUUUUUGCUUGUAUUCUGCUAGGCCAGAUGAGCAGACUACAUUCGGUCUAUGUACAAUGAGGCAGUGCACUUCUUGCUCUGACUUCUGAAACACUUGUGUGUAUCCACAGCCGGUAGUCAUGUGCAGCAUGCAUAUUAACUGAGGAUGUUUUUACAUAUUUGCAAGGGGGAGGGGCAGAACAUAAAUAAGAAUAUAUUGAAGAAAAUUAAAAAAAAGCUUGUUCUUCCUGCUGAUUCUGACUGCGAGCACAGAGAGAAAAUCAUGGUGCCUACACAUUUUUACAACCGCCAAUAAGUGCAGUAAGCAUAUGUAUGUAAAGUGGAUUGUCCCCACUAUGUGCAUGAUACAGUAAUUGCCAUGUGGAUCAACAGUCUUAAGAGUGAAUGCAAAGCAUGUCCGCCUUGUACUGUUAUAUUCACUGUAUAUUUUCUAUUCUAUAGAAGCAGCUUUGGAAUGUAGCUUUUCCUUCAGCACAAACCCCUUUCAUGUACAUGUAGACUGAAUUCUUCACAUCUUAACCUUACCCUAUCUACAUUUUAGGUAUAUUUUAGCAUUGUCUGAAUAUGGAACACAAUGGUGUUAAGUAUAGUGCCUAUACAAUGGCGUCAUUGUAGUGUGAUGGUAGAUGUUUAAAAUUGUGAAUUCUGGUUCACCUCACAAACCAGCCCCAUGCUUUAUAAAAUGUAUCCCUGCUGUUGAUGAUCAAUCACUUUGAGGACACCUUCACAGUGCACAAAUGUCUUAGUGUGCCUUUUGUGCAUUAAGUACUCUUCUACCAAAUACCCUAUAUCUGGUCUUUGCACUGGGAGGAAUGUAAGCUGCAGCUCCUAGAGGGGGCUGUAAGAGCUGCAGUUCAUGAAGCCUGAAGUGUACAGAAGAGAUUGUAAUGGGGUCUGUUGUCAGGUCUUUUUUGCUUAGUGGGGGUCUAUCGCACAGCUCGUCUUAUGUCAUAGCUCCUGUUAUCAAUGAAAUCAUAAUGCCAGAAUCUAUAGGGCUGUACCUCCCUCACCCCUGUAACAAGUCAUUUUUUGUUUAAUCAGCUACUUUAUAACUUACAUUAAACUGCAUUUUUAAUGUGACAGGUUUCCUUUGUCAGCCAAUGUUAUAAAGCGAGGGGAGAUAAACAGAUUGAUAUACAUACUAAAGGGCAAAAAUAACUUAAGUUAUUGACCUAAAUCAUGUUCAUAUUGGGCUUGGUGAUUGACAGCCUUCCCUGUCCAAGUUUUCAUAAAAAGGUAUCUGUAAGUCACCGAUAAAGACUACCCACUGGACUCCUAAUCCCACAAUAAGCAGAUUGUGUAGCAGUGUACUCUGCUCCUAUUGCAUUUUUUAUGUGUAGUUUCCUUUUAAGUGAUUCUUUUAUAUUGCCAACACACAAAGUGCCAACAGCACUAGGGAAAUCUGUUACCAAUAAGACAAAUGUAAUGUUUCUGUACUACACACACAGGCUGCAAACACAAAUGAACAAUGACUCUAUAAUGUAUAAGCUGCUUUAAAAUACCGUCUGGUGCUUCCACAUAAGUCUUAGAGUGGAGAGCUUCUUAAUAAUAUCAAGUUUUUUUUAAUGUGGGGAGUCACAGCCAUCUCCUAGUGAGUGAAAAACCUUGUUUUGGGUGCCUAUGCCAUGUUUAAUAUAGCCUCCACACACACACAAACCUGCGUACUUGACCAGUGAAAUCCGUGUGCUCCCACAUUCCAGGGACAAGCAGUUGACGCAAUUAUUCAUGUGACUGACAACCCAGCGAGGUGUUCACUCACUUCCUGACAUGUUAGUUUUGGGGAGCUACCACGUCCCUUUUAUUUAUUUAUUACAGUAUCCCUAAGGUGUUUAUUCGCUUGGCUGCUGGUUUUCUUUCUUCAUUGUAGGGUGUGUCAUCUUCAGUGUUUUACUUUCUACCUAAUAAAGUGUUUUUUUUCCC